CUGCAGCCUCUACCUCGUGUCUCAGCAGCAGCGUGGUGUGAAGCAGCAGCAGCUCGGAGUCUCUCAGUCUGAGAGCACACACUUUCCUAAAUACUGACCCGUUUUCAAAAUGCUGGUGUUAUUUGAGACCGCGGCUGGAUAUGCAAUAUUCAAAGUUCUCGACGAAUCAAAGCUGCAACAGGUCGACAGUCUGUACAAGGAGUUUGAAACGCCGGAAAAAGCCAACAAAAUUGUGAAACUGAAGCAUUUCCAGAAGUUUCAAGACACGACAGAGGCUUUAGCAGCUGCCACCGCACUUGUCGAGGGAAAACUGGGCAAGAGCUUGAAAAAGGCGCUGAAGAAAGUUGCUGCCAAGGAAGCUCAUGAACAGCUGGCCAUCAGUGAUGCUAAACUCGGCGGCGUCAUUAAGGACAAGCUGGACCUGAGCUGCGUCCACAGUCCCGCCGUGGCAGAGUUGAUGAGAUGCAUCAGGAGUCAGAUGGAGAACUUGAUCUCUGGACUUCCUCCCAAGGAGAUCAGUGCCAUGUCCCUGGGUCUGGCUCACAGCUUAUCCCGUUACAAGCUGAAGUUCAGCCCGGACAAAGUGGAUACCAUGAUCGUGCAGGCCAUUUCUCUUCUGGACGACCUGGACAAGGAGCUUAACAACUACAUCAUGCGCUGCAGAGAGUGGUACGGCUGGCACUUCCCUGAGCUCGGGAAAAUCGUCUCGGACAAUCUGGCUUACUGUAAAACUGUCCACAAAGUUGGUGAUCGCACAAAUGUGUCCAGCACGGAUUUGUCCGAAUUCCUGCCGGAGGAAGUGGAAGCAGAGGUGAAGCUGGCCGCCGAGAUCUCCAUGGGAACGGAGGUGUCGGAGCAGGAUAUUGAGAACAUAAGACACUUGUGUGACCAGGUGGUUGAGAUUUCCGAGUAUCGGGCUCAGCUUUACGACUACCUGAAGAACCGGAUGAUGGCCAUCGCCCCAAACCUGACUGUGAUGGUGGGCGAGCUGGUCGGCGCCCGCCUCAUCUCGCACGCCGGUUCUCUCCUGAAUCUGGCCAAGCACCCGGCCUCCACGGUGCAGAUCCUCGGAGCAGAGAAGGCCCUGUUCAGAGCUUUGAAGACGCACAAAGACACACCCAAGUACGGUCUGAUCUACCACGCCUCUUUAGUGGGCCAGACCACGGCUAAGAACAAGGGCAAGAUCUCCAGGAUGCUGGCAGCCAAGUCGGCCCUGGCUAUCCGCUACGACGCCCUCGGGGAGGACACCAACGCAGAGAUGGGAGCAGAAAACCGCGCCAAGCUUGAGGCCAGGCUGCGGCAGCUGGAGGAGAAGGGGAUUCGAAGAAUCAGUGGGACAGGAAAGGCGAUGGCAAAGGCAGACAAGUACCAACACAAGAGUGAAGUGAAAGUUUACGAUCCCUCUGGGGAUUCUACAAUUCCCUCCACCUCUAAAAAGAGAAAACGUGAGGAGGCUGAGGCCGAGGAGGGAGGAAGUGAGCCUGCAACGCCGGCGGUCAAAGCCAAGAAGCCGAAAAAGGAAGCAGUAAAAGAAGAAGAAGAGGAGGAAGAAGCAACAGAGACUCCUAAGAAAAAGAAGAAAAAGGACAAGAAAUCCGACGUGUCACUAGAGGAGCCGGUGGAGGAGACAUCAGUAUCUGAAGAAACAAAGAAAAAGAAGAAGAAAAAGAAGGUGAAGGAGGAAGAUGAUGAGUGAAAGAAUUCAGAGUGUGUGUAUAUAUAUAUUUUUAGUUUUUAUCUUUAUACUUUAGUCUUAUUUUUAUCUCUAAAGGUUAAUUUCCUGACAUGAGGAAUGGAAUUAAAAUGAAACGGCAGAUUCACUGACAUUUAAUUUUACAAAAAGGUGGGAUCUCAUCAUUCUGUCUGGAUUGAAUCCUUGUGUUUUGAACUCUAUUUUUGUAAUCUGCCAGUUUAGUUUUACCGUUUUUAAGUGUCAGAACAUCUUUAUCAAAUGAGGUCUCCUUUUAUGAGCUAUGAAAGUUACCCUUCAGAUCCACCCACGAUGUACCUUUUCAUGGUGAACUGUGAACUUCUGCCCUGGUGGAAUAAACCUUUCUUUCUACAA